AUGAAGUGCCACGAGGAACCUCAUGAGGCCACCCGAAGAAAAAGCUAUGAUCAGAAUAGGAAUGCAGCGGAAACAAGAAUCCUAAUAGUGACACAGCAAAAAAAACCCUCUCUAAAGAAUGAAAAACAGCAGAAUAUAUUAAAAGUACAGCGCAGACAAAUCAAUCAUGGGAAAGAGGAUGUCCCACAAGCAAGAUACAUUAAAAUGACGCAGCAUAAGAGGACAAAACUUCAGGAAAAUCGAACAAGAAAUAUUAUCCUAAACGGAAUACCACACAAAGAGUCAUCCUCAUAUUGA